GGCUUAGUGGCAGCCGGGGUGGUGCCCUCUCCGUUCGAGUACAGUGAUGUGGUCUCCACAACAACGCACAAGACUCUCCGUGGCUGCAGGUCUGGGAUGAUCUUCUACAGAAAAGGAGUCCGUAGCAUUGACCCGAAGACUGGAAAGGAGAUCAUGUACAACCUGGAAAGUCUGAUCAAUCAGGCAGUUUUCCCAGGCCUGCAAGGUGGGCCCCACAACCAUGCCAUCGCAGGUGUUGCUGUUGCACUCAAACAGGCUAUGACUCCAGAAUUCAAGCUUUACCAGAAACAGAUUGUGGCAAACUGCAAAGCUCUUUCAUCAGCAUUGGUGAAUCUGGGAUACAAGAUUGUUACUGGUGGCUCAGAUAAUCAUCUGAUUCUGGUGGAUUUGCGCAACCAAGAUACAGAUGGGGGCAGAGCUGAGAAGGUUCUGGAAAAGUGCGCCAUUGCUUGCAACAAGAAUACUUGUCCAGGUGACAAAAGUGCCUUGCGUCCCAGUGGCCUCCGCCUGGGAACACCAGCCCUCACCUCCCGAGGGUUCCAGGAGGAGCAUUUCCACACAGUAGCGGCUUUCAUUCACAGAGGGAUUCAGAUAACACUGGAGAUUCAGAGAGAUAUUGGCGCAAAGGCAUCACUCAAGGAAUUCAAGGAGAGGAUGAUGACUGACAAGGACCACCAGAGCAAGAUUAAACAACUAAAGGAAGAAGUGGAGAUGUUUGCGUCCAACUUCCCAAUUCCUGGAUUGGCUGAUCUUUAAAGCAGCAGAGUCUGGAACUGCUGUAGCUAAAGUUGUGGGAUCUGUUUAAAAUGCACAACAGUGAUGCUUUUCAAGCUGACCUAUCAUUGAAGGGAUUAAAAAUUCCAUUAAAUUAAGAGUCUCUUCUGACACACAAAGAAUUAGAAUUGUUUCAUGAAAGCUCAGGAAUCCUGUGCACUAUUUCAGGGCCUUUUUGACUAUUUUAUCUCACAUUUAAGAGAUUUGCCCAUGUCUAUGCAAAACCAAUGAUCAUGUUUCUCACAUUCAAGAGGUGCCCUUCUCACUAUCCUCAACAUCACUGCUUGAUUGUCGCCUGAUGAAAACCACUUUACACUUUGUUACUUGGGAUUAUGAGGCUUUUUACAAUUUAUAUAAUUUGCUUUUACGUGAACACCUCAAACCAGUUUCUUUAAUUAUAGGUUGUAUUUUAAUAUACAUGCCCUGUGCAAGUUCCAUUUAACGUGCCUUAUUUGCAACAGCAACUUCUGGCCUCUUGAGUAUCCCUGAUUUUAAUUGCUGCAUUAAAAGUGUCUGUGUCUUCAGCGGUCUAGACUUGCCCUGGAGUUCCCUUUUUAAGGGCAAAAUUUAAUGGCCCUAGGCAGUGAUUGUGGCGGCAUGGGGGUGGGAGCAGGCAGUUAAUCAGGUGGGAGGUGACCUGCGCAUGCCCCCCACCCCACCCCACCCCACCCCAAACUCAGCCAGGUUUUCAUCUCUGUUGAUUAAGGGUAGGAUGCUGAUGGAUCCCUGUAGAGGCAUGAAUUAAGCCCCUUAAAUGAGCAACAAAUUUCCAGUAUUAUUGGCUGCUGCUGGUAUUUAGAAAUUAUAGAAUCCUUGCAGUGUGGAACCAGGCCAUUCAGCCCAUUGAAUCCACACUGACCUUCCGACCUAGCCUCCCUACCCUAUAACCCUACAUAUCCUAUGUCUAAUCACUUAACCUACAUAUGCCUAGACACUAUGGGCAAUUUAGCAUAGCCAAUCCACCUGAUCUGCACAUCUUGCCCAGCAACAAGAGGGUGAGUCACCCUAUGAGAAAUAAAGUCCCUUUGGUUUUUGCUUACAGACUUCUGGAAGAUUCCUGGUCAAAGGCAAGCAGUGUCUGACCAAGGAAUGUGACACUGAGGAGGGGGUUCUCCUGACAGCUGUAAUCCUGCCUUUUCUGCUGACCACUUUCCCCCAUCUCCAUGGCCCUCAUCCCACCUCAUUCACCCUUAAACUGGAUUCCUCACUGACUCUGAUGGGUGUGUCGCUAGCAGCUGCCACCCAUUGUAUCUGGUGGUACAAUGUGUUAUGGAGAGUUGCAAAGAUUAACUCACAGAACUGUCACAGUGCAGGAGGCCAUUCAGUCUUUUGUGUCUGCACCAGCUAUCCAAAUGAGCAGCAAGACUUAUUGCAAUGCUCCUGCCCUUUCCCUGUAAUCUUGCACAUUACUACUAUUUAAAUAAUCACCAGAAGUCCUCUUAAAUACCUUGUGCCUCCACCGCACUUCUGAACAGCUCGUACCAGAUGCAAACCACUCACUUUGAAAAAGCCUUUCUGUCUCAUACUUGCUUUCUUUUUUGCAAAACACUUUAAAUCUCUUAAAUUCAUUAAAAUUUGCACCUCUCACUGACUGAAAUUCUCCCCAAGGGUUCUUCGUCCCAGGAAAUGCUCGAUGCUAGCCACCUCAACAAGUGAUGGGCAUGUACUGCUGAAGGACCUUCCCCAGUGGAGACCCUUGUUGUAAACAUUAAAUUUUGCCCUAAAUUUCUCCAUCUCCUUUCCUGUCUUUAUUUCUCUCAAGACACUUCUUAAAACCUAACUCUUCGAUCAAACUUUCGAUUAUGUCUUAAUAUCUUUUGGUGUGACUUGGUGUCAAGCUUUGUUUCAUAAAUCACCCAAGAGGCACCUUGGGAUCUUUUAGUCAGCUAGAGGCACUACAUAAAUGCAAGCUGUUAGUGUCCCCUGUGAGUGAAUGUGAUGUCAAUUAUUGUGUUCUGACAUGAAUUGUGGAGAUACACUUGGAAUCAAGCUCUGUGAAUCACUGCAUUGGUAGAAGUGUUUAGAUUCAAUCACAAAAAUGGCCCAUUGUUCACAUUCGGUACAGCUAUCCACAAUAAAAGAUUUCUGCCAGCCUUGUUUAAUGAACACAAAAA